CCCGCGGCGGAGCAGGAGCCGGAUGGUCAGAGGAGCCCGGCAGCCCCAGCAGCCGAGGAGUCGCCUGGCCCCCAGACUGACUGGCACGGUGGAGAAACCACCUCGAAAACGGAAAAGCAGAACUGAACUUGCUCUUAAAGAAAUCAUGUCCUCUGGAGGUGCUGAAGAUGAUAUCCCACAGGGAGAGAGGAAAACAGUUACAGAUUUUUGUUACCUUCUGGAUAAAUCUAAGCAAUUGUUCAAUGGAUUAAGAGAUUUGCCCCAAUAUGGGCAGAAGCAGUGGCAGUCCUAUUUUGGAAGAACUUUCGAUGUUUACACCAAACUCUGGAAGUUCCAGCAGCAGCAUCGACAAGUCUUGGAUAAUCGGUAUGGCUUGAAGCGGUGGCAAAUAGGGGAAAUUGCUUCUAAGAUUGGGCAGCUAUACUACCAUUAUUACCUACGCACAUCUGAGACCAGCUAUCUGAAUGAGGCUUUCUCCUUCUAUUCUGCAAUCAGACAGAGAUCAUAUUAUUCUCAAGUCAAUAAAGAGGACAGACCUGAGUUGGUCGUUAAGAAACUUCGAUACUAUGCAAGAUUUAUCGUAGUUUGUCUUCUUCUCAACAAAAUGGAUGUUGUGAAGGACUUGGUGAAGGAAUUGUCUGAUGAAAUUGAAGAUUAUACUCACCGCUUUAAUACUGAAGAUCAAGUGGAAUGGAACUUAGUGCUUCAAGAAGUAGCAGCUUUCAUUGAGGCGGACCCUGUAAUGGUAUUGAAUGAUGAUAAUACCAUUGUGAUCACAUCUAAUCGCCUUGCUGAAACAGGAGCCCCAUUGCUGGAACAGGGCAUGAUUGUGGGACAGCUGUCUCUGGCUGAUGCACUCAUUAUUGGUAAUUGUAAUAACCAGGUUAAGUUUAGUGAGCUGACUGUCGACAUGUUCCGGAUGUUACAAGCCCUGGAAAGGGAGCCAAUGAAUUUAGCUUCCCAGAUGAAUAAACCAGGAAUGCAGGAAUCAGCUGAUAAGCCUACCAGGCGUGAAAACCCCCACAAGUAUCUGCUCUACAAACCAACCUUCAGCCAACUAUACACAUUCUUAGCAGCAUCUUUUAAGGAGCUGCCUGCCAAUAGCGUACUUCUGAUUUACCUGUCAGCCACUGGCGUUUUCCCCACAGGUCGUUCUGAUAGUGAAGGUCCUUAUGAUUUUGGCGGAGUACUUACUAAUAGUAACCGGGAUAUUAUAAAUGGAGAUGCCAUCCACAAACGAAAUCAGUCCCACAAGGAAAUGCACUGCCUUCAUCCUGGAGACCUCUAUCCUUUCACGAGGAAGCCUCUGUUUAUCAUCGUGGAUUCAUCCAACAGUGUUGCGUACAAGAAUUUCACAAACUUAUUUGGACAGCCGCUAGUCUGCUUGCUUUCUCCUACAGCGUAUCCAAAGGCUUUACAAGAUCAAUCUCAACGAGGUAGCCUCUUCACUCUCUUUUUGAACAAUCCUCUAAUGGCCUUCCUAUUUGUCUCUGGAUUGUCAAGCAUGCGCAGAAGCCUAUGGGAAAAGUGUCAAGAAUAUCUUCGAAAAAUCAACCGCGAUAUUGCCCAGCUACUGACCCAUUCACGUUCAAUAGAUCAGGCAUUUCUCCAGUUUUUUGGAGAUGAGUUUCUUCGCUUGCUUCUCACAAGAUUUAUCUUUUGUUCAGCCACCAUGAGGAUGCACAAGAUUUUUCGGGAAACACGAAAUUAUCCAGAAUCAUACCCACAACUGCCGAGGGAUGAAACAGUGGAGAACCCUCAUCUCCAGAAGCACAUUCUGGAAUUAGCGUCCAUUCUGGAUGUUCGAAACGUGUUCCUCGAGAGUACCAUAGACGACUAUUAAAACAGAACCCCUCUGUUGAAACAAUUUUUCAUUUGCCACAGAUUUUACAUGGUGCAGUUUUAUAAUGUGAUGACAGACACAUAGUGGUGUUACUUAGUUUUAAUUUUUAAAUUUAAGGCCACCAUUUUAAAAACAAACUGAAAAAAUUGUUCAAACUUUUAGGGUAACUGUUUUAAAAUGCAGUCUUUCAAGUCUUUUAAAAAGCUCAAUUAAUCCUGGAAUUUUUACUUUUCGGUUUUGAGGUAUGGCUACUUACCUCCAACACCUAACCCUACACGCAGAUAGUCACUGUUCUCACCCUCAGAAAAGUAAAUCAUUUAUUUUUAUAUAAUGAGGAAAAUCUAGCUCUUAUACUUGGACCUUAAAUGUGUGGAUUUAGAAAAUAUCUCAUUGUUCACAAAGAUGAAACUAGCCAGCAUGGACUAUUAAAAAUCAAGAACGGAGCCUUUCCAUAAUAUUUCCUUUCAUUCCAACUUAGUAGGGGUGUCAAAUGUGUGAUUCUCUGAAGCAUAAUCAAGACAAUAUUUGAAAUCUUUUACUUCAUUAAAUACUGUCAUAAUUUCAGAAACUAUAUAGGAUUCAUUUGCAUCUUAAAGUUUAAAUUUUAAUUGGAGUCUUAAGAUGAUAAAUAUCACUUGGAAUAUGUGAUCCCUGUGUUAUCAUGAGCUAUGCUGGUAUAUUUUGUUUUCUUUGUAAUCUGAAUACUGGAAAUGACAAAAAGUAUUUAAGUCAAAAAGUAAGAUUAUUGGUUUCAUAAUACAAUGUUUCCAUGAGGAAUUCUAUUUAAACUCUUAAUUCACGAUAUCAGGUUUAAAGG